AUGGACAGCAACGCCAAGAAGAAGACUGAAAAUGUCAGCCUAUCUGCCUAUCAGGAUGAAGGCGAAGGCGAUGUCACAAAACUACUCGCCUUUGACAAUAUUGUCAAUGGCUGCAGUACUGAUGGCAACAUGGGAAGCAUUGUCAAGGUAGGAUAUUCACAGAUCGUUACACCGAAUAGUGCCGAUGCUGAUCCAACGGUGGAUAGUACAAUGGUGUCGGGGCUGGUUAGCGGAGGACCAGUAUCUCUAUUCUAUGGAUUUAUCGUCGCUUUCAUCGGCUCUGUAUCGACAGCGGCAUCGUUGGGCGAAAUGACCUCAAUGUACCCUACUGCCGGUGGACAGUAUCACUUUAUUGCAAAACUUGCUCCGACCGGUUGGCAAUAUGUACUCAGCUGGUUUACAGGCUGGAUAGGAACCUUUGGCUGGGUCGCAUUUACAGCCAGUGCCCCCUUUUUAGCAGCAACCAUGGUCCAAGGCCUUAUAACCCUAAAUGUCGAAUCUUAUAUUUCCCACCGUUGGCACGGAACAUUGAUAUACUGGGCCCUUCUGCUAGCGUCAAGCGGGAUGAACAUUUGGGGGACUAGACUGAUGGCUCUGGUUGAGAACGCUUCUCUCAUCAUCCACGUGGUCGCUUUUGCUGUGAUCUUCGUGGUGAUGUGGAAUAACUCCGGGUGGGAAAGUGAUGGCGUGUCAUGGAGUAUCGGGAUGCUUUCAAGUUGCUAUGUUCUAGCUGGAUACGAUGGUGCGAUCCAUCUGUGCGAGGAAGUGCGGACGCCAGAGAUUUCUGUUCCUUGGUGUAUGCUAGGCUCGCUUGGAAUCAACGGUAUCUUGGGUUUCGCCUUUCUUUUGGCAAUCCUCUUUUGCAUGGGAGAUAUGGAUGCCGCACUCAACUCCACUACCGGAUUCCCGAUUAUUGAGAUCUUUCACAGUAUCACCGGUAGUUCUGCUGCUGCCACCGCUAUGACCUGUACUCUCAUUCUCACGGCAGGAUUGGCUACAAUUCCGCUAAUGGCAUCUACAUCCCGAAUGCUUUGGUGCUUGGCUCGAGACAAAGUUGUUUCGGCCUUCCUCGUCAUUCUCGGUUUGGUCAACAUUGGCUCAACUACGGCUUUCAACGCGAUUCUCUCCCUGGCCGUAUUCGGACUUCAUAUUUCUUAUUUACUCCCGGUUGGAUUUAUGCUAUGGCGCCGUUUGUGUACACCGGAAGUUUUGAGCUAUGGGCCAUGGAGGCUUAAGGGAUUUGGUGUGAUUGCCAACACUAUCUCUGUUGUUUAUUUGUGUUUUACGUGCAUUUUCAUGCUUUUCCCAUCAUACCAACCCGUUACAGCCAUGAACAUGAACUACGCAUCUCUGAUCUUUGGAGCAGUUCUGAUUUUCAGUUUGAUUUACUGGGCCUGGAAAGGUCGCAAGGUAUACAAAGGGCCAAUUAUGGAGAACUCCCUCUAG